AUGGAAAAAAUUGACGAAAAAGAAGUCACGAUCACUGCAUCAGGGACGGACAGUGAAGAAGAUGGCUUUCGAGAAUAUAUCGUACCGCCAGGCAGUACAGCAACCAUUGCUUGUGAAUUAGAGAAGAGUGACGAAAUACGUGAAUUAUGUUGGAAAAAAGAUGGAAGAAAUAUUGAUUUCAUGAAUAAUCCUAAACUUGAACAUGUUGUAAAUGGUCUUAAACAUUACCUCGUAAUACAUAACACUCAAGCAAACGAUACUGCAUGCUAUAGCGUCCGUAUUAACGACAUAGAAUUUAAUGUAGCAAGAAUGAUCGUAAGCGAUUAUGUUACAACUCUUGCCAGGAACAAAGCAAAACGUAUUUCUAACAAUUCUCUUCAUUUAUAG